AUCCCAAUAUAUUUGUUUUCCUCUUUAUUCAUGCAUAACAUCUUAAUCUCUUUUUUUUCUCUUCUUACCAAAAAAGAUGGGCAUUUGUAGCUCUCAAAUGACCAAAAGAAAUGGCAACUUUCUCUCUUUGAGACCUACGGUUAUGAUCAUUCAUCCAGAUGGAAGCUUAGACGAGUUCAACGAGGCGAUCACUGCGCAUCGUGUACUCUCUCAACACACAAGUUGUUUUCUUGCAAGUUCGGAGUCAAUGUAUGUUGAUUCAAUUGCUCCUCAAAUUUCAUAUGAUGAAGAACUUGAGCUAGGUCAGAUAUACUUUCUUUUACCACUUUCUCAAGCUCAUAAAGUCCUUUCUCUUGAGGACUUAUGUGGGUUAGCUAUUAAAGCUAGUAUAGCACUUGGGUUCUCUAAUAUCAAAAGAAGUCACUCUAAUGUUGCCAAAAUUGUUGCUCAAGCUCGUAGCUCGUGUCGCGUCCUAAGUGGGCUUGAUGCUAUUGGUGCACUCUACCCACAGGCACGGCGAGGUAGCCGAAGAAUUGGGAUUUAAAUUUUGUUUUGUAUUCAUUUUUAGUUUGAUGAAACUCGAAAAAAUGAAAAAUGUAAAAAAUUUUACGACCAUUUUUUUAGAGUGAUGGUCGUAAUUUUAACUUGUAGUUGUACGCGAUGUGACCAAAAGCAACGUGUGUAUCUCUAGAGAGUUGCAAUGUUGUGAAUUGGUGUAAAAAUGAACAUGUAAAAAUGGCCAAUUUGGCCGACAAUGAAUCAUUUAAAGGUUCAUAUAUGUGUAACACUAAGUGGGCACAUUAUGGGCAGCACCAA